AUGGCUGGACGUCUGCUGCUCGUCAUCUUCAUCUCUCUUCUUCCACCUAAACUGACAGUGAGUCAGUCGGUGAUCACAGAGACAGACUCAGUCACACUGAACUGUCAGAUUCCACCUGUUUCUGUGUCUCAGUGUUAUUUUAAUUUUGUAAGAGGAGGACCUGGAAAACCCUUCUCUUGUCUGAAGACACUGACAGGGACUGAGCUCCUGAAGAUUACAGGUAACAAACCACAGUUGAGUGUUGAUCAUGUGCUUGGUGAUCACCUUUGCUUUAUCUGCUCUCUGCCUGGAUCUGCUGAUGGUACACGAUGUAACCUGUACUUUGGAGAUAAAGUCCUAACAAGAGCGAUCCAUAAGGAAAGGACCUCAAAGAAACAGUCGUUCUGCCAGUUUACUGUCACAAUUAAUGAUUUGCUGAGUCGUCUACGUUCGGUUCAACAAAGAGAUGCCAGCUGUGAUUACAGUUUGGGAAGUGAACCCAACUCUUUGUCUCCUCGUAGUGAUGCAUACAGCUUGACUGAUAUUGUGGAGAAAGAGACACACGAGACGGAGAGACCAAUGACACUUCCUGUGACCACAGGUCUGACUGUUACCAGACUCCGUACUUCAACUCAAGCAACUUCUGUAACAACAGGGCGGACUGUCAGUACCACAAGUAACACUGGUAGCUUUGUCUCUACAAUGAAAACAUCAGUGAAACCAGAAACAGGUAGUUUGACCUCUGCUGACACAACUCUUAUGAAUCCAGCAUCUGGAGAUGAAAGAACAGGGCGGACUGGUAGCUUUAUCUCUACAAUGAAAACAUCAGUGAAACCAGAAACAGGUAGUUUGACCUCUGCUGACACAACUCUUAUGAAUUCAGCAUCUGGAGAUGAAAGAACAGCAGAGAAGAUGACGAUGAUGAUUGCAGGAGGUGUGACUGCAGGUGUCCUCUUUCUUGGAUUGGCACUUCUCUUAUUUCAAAGCAGGACUGGAGAAAGUGUUUCUAAGAGACCAAAAAUCAAUGUCACUGGUUUGCAGGCUGGUUAUGAUGAAACCUACAGUGUCGUCACCUAUGAAUGCAACAACUGUCUGAGUGAUCAGCUUCAUCAUGGCUGGACGUCUGCUGCUCAUCAUCUUCCUGUGUGAGUUUAACCUCUUAUAGAUUUAUUCAUUAUUAAUGUAGAUUAUCAUAAACUAAUGCAGGUUCGCACUUGCAAGUAUGACUUCAUUAAAUAAUGUCAGCCAUUUCAUAUCAGCAUGUUAUACAAAACUUCUGUUUUAUCUUUUUUUAUGUCUGGUGCUUUAAAGUUCUUAUUGUCUGUAUUGUUGCUCCGAGGUGUUUAUUUGUGGACUUAUUCGGGAUUUACAGUACAAAAUCUAAACAGAUUUCUCAAUCAGGACAAAUAAAAUGUAUCUUGUUUUACCUCCCA